AUGAAGACAUCGACGAUUGUCUCACUAUCCGUGGGAACAGUUGUAACCGGACUACUUGCAUAUGCAGUGUAUUUCGACUACAAGCGAAGAAAUGAUCCCGACUUCCGAAAAGCUCUGAAGAAAGAAUCCCGGAGACAAGCCAGGAUAGCAAAAGAAGAGGCCGAGGUACAAGGCAAGAGACAGAAGGAAGAGAUCAAGCAGGCUGUGCAAGAAGCCAUCGAGGAGGGCUUCCCUACAGACGUCGAAGAGAAGGAGGCAUUCUUCAUGCAACAAAUAGCACAGGGCGAGGCAUUGGCCGGAGAUGGUUCCGAUCCUGUUGGUGCCGCUCUCUGCUUCUACAAGGGCCUCAAGGUCUACCCCGAACCCUCUUCGCUUGUCCGCAUCUACGAUAAUACCGUACCGAAAGAAAUCCUCGAAAUCCUCGCAGUCAUGGUCGCCCAAGACAAGAGUCUCAAAGUGGGAGAUUUUGGCGUCAGCAGCGAAGGAGCUUCCGACAGUGGACAUGGAGUUGAAUGA